AUGCUGGUCGCUUCCGCCGGCUUGCUUGCUCUUUAUGGCGUAGCGACUGUCAUCUAUAACCUUUUCUUCCACCCUCUACGUCGGUAUCCUGGUCCAAAACUAUGGGCAGCUACUCCAUUGCCUGCGGCACUCAGCAUCCUCCGAGGCACGCCCCACCUACAAGUUUUGGAACUUCACAAGCGUUAUGGCGACAUCGUUCGAAUCGGCCCCAACGAGCUGGCUCUGUCCCAUGCAGAAGCGUGGAAAGAGGUCUGCGGCCACCUCCAGCGCGGCCAAGAAGAAAAUGGCAAAGAUCCUAAGUACGCCAACGAAGAGUUGGAUAAGAGCCUUAUUUCUGCAUCGCGUGAAAGACACGGCCCGUUACGACGUCUGCUAUCUCAUGCCUUUUCGGCGCGUGCCAUGGCAGAGCAGCAACCCUUGAUGGAUAGACAUAUUGAUCUGUUCAUCCAGAGACUUCAAGAGCGUGGCGAGGGAGGGUCAAAAUCUCUAGAUGCUUCCAAGUGGUUGGAAUGGAUCACCUUUGAUAUCGUCGGUGACUUGGCCUUUGGCGAGCCAUUUGGCUGCAUUCAAACAGCCACGUCUCACCCGUGGGUUGACGGUUUCUUCGACUCUAUGGCAAGUGUACCCUUUGUACAGGCUCUAAGCGACUUUCCCCUCUUUACUCUUUCGAAGCCGCUGUACUUCAUGCUGUUUAUCCCCAAGAGAAUGCUUGAACAACGUCGUCUCAGUGAGGCGUUUGCCGAAGAGCAUCUGAAGAAGAGGCUCAGCCUGGGAGACGAUAGACCAGACUUCGUGCAGGCAAUGCUGAAGAGCCCCGAGAAAUAUCCAAUUUCACAACAAGAAAUCCGGGACAACGCCAUCGUUUUAACGACAGCUGGCUCAGAGACAACCGCGACAACACUCGCUGCGACAAUCUACUUCCUCUGCACUCACCCACAGGUGCUUGCCCAAUUGAACUCGGAGGUUCGAUCAGCCUUCCAAAAGGAUGCUGAAAUCGACGUCAAUAAUACUGUGCAACAUUUACCGUUCAUGCUUGCCGUUCUUAAGGAAGCAAUGCGAGUUCACCCUGCCGUAGCUAUUUCGUUGGCACGCAGGACACCGACCGGUGGAGCGCAGAUCGCUGGAGAAUGGGUGAAUGGAGGAACCACUCUAGGCAUCUGGCAAUAUGCCGUCUACCACAAUCCAUCCAAGUUUCUUGACCCCGACUCAUUUAUUCCAGAGCGCUGGCUGGACGAUAAGCGUUUUGAAAACGAUGAAAAGAACUUACAUCAACCGUUUUCUUACGGUCCACGCAACUGUUUAGGUAUGAAUCUUGCCUACGCUGAGAUGAGACUGAUUCUGGCUCGUAUCAUCUGGAAUUUUGACCUGGAGCUGGCACCGGAAAGUCAGUCUUGGGCAGCAGGCCAAAAGAUUUUCUUUUUCUGGAAGAAGCCUUCCCUAUGGGUGCACUUCAAGUCUCGGGAGACAUGA